CUGUUGCUCUUAGCAACACAUUGUUGUUUACAAAUUUAUUGACUAAAUAAAAUUAGUAUACUUUUGUACAUUGUGUUCGUAACUUUUACAAAUUCCGGCUGCGAAAAAUUGAACGGCCAGCGAAAACUGGCCAAAUAAGAAAUUGGUCAAGCUAGAAAUUACGCUGUCGGCAUAGUCAACAAAAUUGCGCGAAAUGUUUAAAAACACGUUUCAAUCCGGCUUCUUGUCCAUACUCUACAGCAUUGGUUCGAAGCCAUUGCAACUUUGGGACAAGAAGGUGCGAAAUGGACACAUCAAGCGCAUAACUGACAAUGACAUCCAAAGUCUGGUUCUUGAAAUUGUGGGAACCAAUGUGAGUACAACAUUCAUAACAUGUCCGGCAGAUCCGAAGAAAACAUUGGGCAUUAAGCUACCCUUUCUGGUAAUGAUAAUUAAGAACAUGAAGAAAUACUUUACCUUCGAAGUGCAGGUUCUCGACGAUAAGAAUGUGAGACGCCGGUUCCGUGCGAGCAAUUAUCAAUCUACCACUCGGGUGAAGCCGUUUAUUUGUACAAUGCCAAUGCGCUUAGAUGAGGGUUGGAAUCAGAUUCAAUUCAAUCUAUCUGACUUCACUCGACGAGCCUACGGCACCAACUAUGUUGAAACUUUGCGGGUGCAGAUUCAUGCAAACUGUCGAAUUCGACGAGUUUAUUUCUCUGAUCGGCUCUAUUCGGAGGACGAGCUGCCGCCAGAGUUCAAGCUCUUCCUGCCGAUACAGAAGCCCGUGCAAAAGUCAAAUGCUAUAUGCAGCUAACUAUGUUAAGCACGGAUAUUACUCCAAUUUCAACUGGCAAUUUCACAAACACAAACAUCCGCAUCAGCAAAUUAUUUCACGUGGAAAAAAAAAUUGAAUGCAAGCCGGCAUAAGUAUUUAUUCACAAUUAUAUGUUCAUUUGCUUCGUUCAACUCUCUGCAAUAAAAUUGAACAUUUGUGUAUGUCUCUAACAAUUUA